AAUUACCAGUUAUUUGCAUUUGAUAAAUUUUCAUCAUUUUUUUAUUGACUUUGACAAAGUCAGGCCUUAACUCCUCACAAUUCACUUCCUAUAACUAUAAGUGUAGUCAUAUAUUUUUUUGGCACUGGAUAAUUCUUCCCAAGUGCCCAAUUGUCAUGGCUUCUUAUGACUUCCUCUUCUUUCCCAUUUUCCUAGUUGCUACCCAUGCUUUUGAGUUUCAAUUCACUGGAUUCAAUAACAAUGAAAUUAGCAACCUCACCCUUGGUGGAGCUUCCAAAAUUGUCAAACCCCAAGGUACACUUGAGCUCACCACUCGAACACACAAUACUAUAGGCCAUGCAUUCUACAACAAACCAAUUCAAAUGUUUGACAAAACAAACAAUUCACUUCAAUCAAAUGUUUCUUCCUUCAGCACAUGCUUUGUCUUCUCAAUUGUACCCCCACCAGGUUCUUCCCCUGGCGGCUUUGGCCUCACCUUCGCCAUAGCUCCCUCGCCGCAACUUCCCGGAGCUUCCGCGGACCAUUUCCUUGGCCUCUUCAACUUAUCCAAUGAUAACAAUACCUCAAACCACAUCUUUGCUGUUGAAUUUGACACAGUGAAUGGUUACAAAGACUCAUCAGACACUGAAGGGAACCAUGUUGGAGUGAAUUUGAACAGCAUGUCCUCAAUUAUCUCUGAGCCUGUGGCUUACUAUGCAGAAGGCACUGAUGCAAGGAAGGAAGAUUUCAACAUGGAGAAAGCUGAUGCUGUUUCUGCUUGGAUAGAAUAUGAUGGUGAGACACAAAUUUUGAAUGUAACAGUAGCCCCUUUUUUAGUACCAAAACCAAGCAAACCUCUUAUAUCUAAAGUCGUUGAUCUUAAGUCUAUCAUGAAGGAAGACAUGUUUGUUGGUUUCUCAGCUUCAACAGGACAGAGAAAAGCAAGUUCUCAUUUUAUUUUGGGAUGGAGUUUUUCAUUGAAUGGAGCUGCUCCUCAACUCAACAUUUCACAGCUUCCAAAUCCACCAAGCAAGGAGAAAGAUCCAUCCUCAUUUCCUUGGGCCAAGGUUGCAAUUGGCUUAAUCUCUGCUUUGACAUUUACCUUGUUGUGUGUUUUAUGUUUACUAACACUUUACAAGAGAUACACGCAAUUUGAAACUCUUGAGGACUGGGAGAUGGAGUGUCCUCACAGAUUCAGAUAUAAAGAUCUUCUCAUUGCAACCAAUGGUUUCAAAGAGAGCCUGCUAAUUGGAGUUGGAGGGUUUGGUUCUGUUUACAAAGGUGUGUUGCCUAGCACAGGAAAUGAGGUUGCUGUUAAAAGAAUCAUGAGCAACCCAAUGCAAGGAAUGAGGGAAUUUGCAGCUGAGAUUGAAAGCUUAGGAAGAUUGAGGCACAAGAAUUUGGUCAAUCUUCAAGGGUGGUGUAAGAACAAGAAUGAUCUAAUCCUAAUCUAUGAUUACAUUCCAAAUGGGAGUCUUGAUUCACUUCUAUACAAUGAAAAUCUUGCUUUGGAUUGGGAUCAGAGGUUUAAAAUUCUCAAAGGGGUAGCUGCUGGUUUAUUAUAUCUUCAUGAAGAGUGGGAGAAAGUGGUGAUUCAUAGAGAUGUGAAAUCUAGUAACAUUCUAAUUGAUGAGGAAUUGAAUGCUCGUUUAGGUGAUUUCGGGCUAGCGAGGCUUUGUGAUCAUGAUCAAGUGUCACACACAACAAGUGUGGUUGGCACAAUUGGGUACAUGGCACCAGAGUUAACUAGGACUGCAAAAGCUUCUACAAGCUCUGAUGUGUAUGCAUUUGGGGUUCUGCUACUUGAAGUUGUUGCUGGGAAAAGACCAGUGGGCUCAGGUCAGUUUUUCUUGGUGGAUUGGGUUAUUGAAAAUCUCCAACUUGGUCAGAUUCUUAAAGUGGUUGAUCCUAACCUGGAUUCAGUUUAUGAUGAGGAAGAAGUGGAGUUGGUUCUGAAAUUGGGUCUCCUUUGCACUCAACAAGGAGCAAGUUAUAGGCCAACCAUGAAACAAGUGACUAGGUACCUAAAUUUUGAUGACCCUCUACCUGAUUUUGAUUGGAGACACUAUGAUGAUUCUCUGAGCAGCAGAACGAGCUCAAGUUUCUUAGGAGACAUGUCUUCAUCCUCAUACACCUUGUCCUCCAUUGGUAGGAGUGCAAUAUUGUCUAUAGAAACUACUAGAUAGCCAAGAUUAUUUGUCAAGUUUGUUUUGUUCUUUCUUCAAAAUAAUCCCUUCAUUUUUUUGCUCCUCUAUAGUUUCAGUAUAUGCUUUCCAAUCUUCCCACAAUAUAGAGCUUGAUGGACCUCUAUGAUCUUGUACAAAAUAUUCGUUUGUGUUGAGCAGAAGAGAAAGGGAGAUGAACCAAGGAAUAUUCAUGAAUACACACAUUUUACAUGCAUAAAAAGGGAAUUCUACAUCAAAA